CUCUUAUUACUUAACCUCAAUAUUUCAAUAACUAUCGCUUACACCCCCUUUGGACAGAACACAUAUAAAUAGAGACCGUUGGUCACAAAUAGUUCCUCCCCUGAAUCUUUCCUCAAAAAUCAAGAAAGCAAAAUCUCUCUUCCUUUGAAUCCAGGGGAGAAAGAUUUUGCAUUUUCGUUGAUUUCUCAUUAUCUUUCUGAUAUUUUGUUUCUAUUUUUUUCUUUCUUUGGUAGUAUGGAAACAAAACAUGAUAAAGAUGACCAAUUAGAGAUAGAGCAAAUAAACAAGAGUCCGACCAUGAAGACCAAAAAGAUAUCACGUGGGAUGCACGUCUUCUCCGUUGUCAUGUUCAUGCUACGUCGUCGCCGGAGGAGAAAGGCUUUCAACACCAGGUUCUGGCGGCGUGUGGUUGAGUCCGUACGCAAAGUCCAUUCCGAGAUUACGAUAAUGCCUAAGUCUAAGUCUACUAACACAAUCCUCCUUCCUCCGGCUCCUCUUCCGGCGACGACGAUGGAGAUUAGCCAAGACGGUGGGGAUGAUGCUGAUGUUAUUAAUGAUGAAUCCGGGGAUCGUUUAACGGAGGUUAUUGAGGUUUUCACGGCGGCAUCUUCAUCAUCAUCAUCUGGAAUCUCCGGAUAUGCCUCUGCCAUGUCUUUACGUGAUUUGGAUCAUCACUAUGAUGAUGAGGAUGAAGAUGAUGAUGAUGUUGAUUGUUAUAGCGAUGUUGAAGAAGGAGAUGAAAUGAUAGAUGAGAAAGCUGAGGAAUUCAUCGUGAGAUUUUAUGAGCAAAUGAAAAUGCAAAAACAGGUUUAUACUGAACGUUGUAAGGCCAAAGGGAUAAUAAUAAACUGAUGAUCUAUCGUUUACGUCGCUAUCAUGCAUGCAUGGAGAUGAGAUUAUGGAGAUGUCUCGUUAUUUGAUUAAUUUGUUCGGACGGGGGAUCUUCAGGUUUUCUUGGUCGAUUCUAUUUUUUGGUCUUGUAACUUUUUAUUCUUUAAUUUGUGAGUGCACUUCAGUUAAUUAAUGAAAAUAGGAAAAACGAAAUAUAUGUAUGUGUGUAUGUCUUAUUCAAUAUAUUUAUUUGAUUUUGUGUGUUAACUAUCUCCAUUUACUAUUAGUUGGAAAUUGGUCAUGUACAAUAACAUCACAUUUGACUCAUUCAUUAACUAUACUGUGUUAAAUUCUUUUCGAAAAUUGACGAAAUAGUUUUUUUCCAACCACAAAAAUCAACGAACAUGGACAAAACAAUUAAUUUCCUGUAUUUAUAUAUAACACACGUUAGUAGUUCUUCGCUUUCAUAUUGAAAGAUGGUAACAAUCACAAAUUUGAUUCCAUUUCAUGGAAUACUCAUUGAAACGACGGUGACCAAUGAAGUUUGCAUUGCGAAGAGCUGGAUACUCCACGUACUAUCAGAAAACCAAGAAGAUCCACCGGUGAUCAUCUCUCUGAACUCCAAGACAAACCCUCAAGAUGGUGCAAAGGCCGCUACCGUUCAGUUAUGCAUCAAAAACAAAUGUCUCAUACUCCAACUCCUUCAUGUGAACCAAAACACCAACCUCGAAGAAUGUUUUGGUGAUCUAUUUCGCGAUGAGAAAUUUGUUUUUGUGGGUAUAGGUAUUGCGGAAACGGCCAAGAAGCUCAACGGUCUAGUCACGCUUGUUAAGAAAGUUGAUGUUCGUGACCUGGUAAAGGUUAAUUAUCCUAUUAGUUAUGGUGUGAGAUCAAGGCUUAGCUUGAAGGCAAUGGCUAGUGAGUUGUUGGGUUUUGGUUCGUGGAAACCGAAAAGGCAGAUCUGUCCGAGAGAUUUGGCUAGGAGAGUUCUUGAUGAAGAGGUGAUUAAGUUUUUGUCCAUUGAUGCUUAUGUGUCUUAUGAACUUGGGUUUAAGAUGCUUACACAAUAAAUGAUUUAGAAA